AUGCCCAAGCGCAAAGGAGAACUUAGUGCUAACAAAGUUGCCACUCUAAGCAAGGCACUGCGUGUUCAAGCUGCCCAAAUUAAGAAGACAACAGGAAACAACCCCAAUCAGUACAAGGGUGAGUCUUCCAUCAACGCCACUUCUGAAGAUCACUCAGACAAAUUGAUUCCAGAGCCUGCUGGCAAGCCAGGAAGGGACCCCGCCACAAUCUCCAAGAAAACCAGGAAGCCCCAAGGCUAUCAUUUGUGGGCAGCUCUGGGCCUCAAGAAGGGCUUGCCAACUCACGGCCUAUAUUGGGAUAUUGUCAAAGAUAGCGCUGUUGGUAUCAAUUGGAAACUACCAUACCAGAGCCAACGGCAAGCCAAUUGCGUAGCUACAGUUGCAGAGGUUCUUCAGAAGGAGCCCAUCUUUCAUUGUUACAAGGACAACUGGCCUGUUCACGCUUACAUGAAGGGUUUGCUAAGUAGCAGAGCAGACUUGCAGCAAAAAUUGAGAAAGAGGGCGGCACAGGAAGAAGAGGAGAUGGACAUUGAUACAAACAGCAAUAUGGGCAAUAAUGGCCCAGAGAACAGAGAUCACCCUGGUCAAGGAGCAGGUAUUGCCGCUACCCUAGAUAGUAAGCCAGCAAUUGACCUUACAGCUUCUGCUAUGCCAACAGCGCCUUCAGCAGCUGCGCCCGUCUCUGCCUCUGCCGGGAAUACAAACUCACCUGUCCCUUCCAUUACAAACAACGUCCAGUUUGCUGCAACAGCAGUUCAUGUAGCCUCCAAACAGUUUGACAAGGAUCAAUCCUUGAGCAGCUCCAAUGAGGAUACCAACACCCCACCAACAAAACAACAGAGACAGAAUUGCAAAAGUAACAUGCCAAGGGCUUGUAAUCCCAAUGGGAACGCUCUCAAGCCUGCAGUGUGCUACAACUUCAAAGGGUCAGAACACCAAGUUGCGUCCAGCAGAACCAGGUCUUUUGGGGUCAACUACAAAGGCACGUAA